AUGGCUGAGAGUUGUGACGUGUUGGCGCGGCGGCAGCAGCCUUUGCAGGUUGAAAGCCCAAAGAUCGGCCAGCUUUUGACGGAGUACGGGAAGUUUCGAGUGGAGGAGCUCAAGAAGGGCAAGGAGAUCCCACCCGAAAUGGUCCGCCGGAUGAAGCUUUUGGAGUUUCGCAUCGUGAAGCAGAGCCGGAUCUUGAAAGACGUCUUGGAUGAGAUUCUUCGUGCCUGCGAAAGAGCAGAGACCGUACCAGAGGCUGAGCUCCGCGAGAAGCUUCAAGAUGUAGAGGAAUACUACACGGAUUUGGCGGAGUCCAAUCAGGAGCGUAAGGACAAUGUGAGCUGCAUCCUCGGUGCCGAGCAAGAGCACUUUCAAAAGUUCCGGAAGCUCUAUGAUGAUGUGGAUUGGGAGCGCAAAACUUCCGGUGUGUUGUCUGGCUGUGGUGCUGCUGCAGGCUUGGCUGUAGGACUUGCAGCCAUGUGUCCUGUGACACUUGUUGGCGUAGCUCUCUUUACAGCUAUCAGUGGAGUGGCAACCGCGGAGCAUCGCUCUAACGCCAUGCGGCUUCAAGAGUCCUUGGUUAAAGACAUGGAAGCCAAAAACGUCCCGAUGCAGCCGCUCGACGGUGAUGUUCUCCGGGGAGGCAUUUUUUUGUAUUUGGAGACCUUGGCAAAGAAUUUGGAUGACAGCAUUGCGAGGCUGGAAAUCGAUGCUGGCAAGGUCUCCGGCCGAUCUGCUAGGGUCAAGCGCCGUGUGGACAUGAUGUUGGAAGAGAUCCAGGGCAUUCAAGUGGCUGCAUGCCAGAACUUUGUGGGCUUGGCCAGUGAUCCGACCCUCGCUGCAGCUUUCGGCAUUACAGAGACAAGACGGCUCCAAGAGGUGCAGAAUGAGCUGCGGAAUGCUGCAGGACUGGAGUGCCUUAUGACCAGGCUUCAGGAGAUGCCAGAUAGCUUGUUGAAAAUGGACGUGCAGAAUGCGAUCUACCGGUACUUUGCGGACAGUGCACGUUUCUUCAAAAAGAUCCAGCACAGCAUCCGCAGUGGAGAAGCCGAGCUGUCAGUGGUUUGUGAUGGUGAAGAGCCACGUGCUGACGACAUGCAGAAAGCUUUUGAGGAGUUUCUCGAGGCAGUGGAAGCUUUCAGCUCUUGGACAGAGGCUAACAGAGCUGCAGUUGGAGAUGAUCUCAAGGACAGGUUUGACAAGGAAGCUCGUGAUGAAAUGAAAGCGGCAGCCGGUGGGGCAGCUGUCGCCGCCGGGACUGGUGCCGUGGCUACUGCCUUCUCAGGCCUUCCUGCUAUUCCUGUUGCCCUUGCUUCCUUGGGCGCCUUCGUGGUUGGCGGUGGCGUGCUGGCACAACAGCAAGGCAGCUGCGCAGGGUUGCGCAAAGCGCCCCGCGAUGUGGUGAUGUCAUCUUGGUAUGACGCUGGACAGGCGGAAGGGGACAUCCUUGUAUUCCUAUCGUCUUGGCCUGCGGAGUUCCACACGUUGUCAUUUCCGUUGGCUUUGCAGAGAACCAGAGACCUCAGAGAUGAGUUGGAUCGCUUUCUGCAGCUCCUGCAGAUGAAGGGCUUGAUCUUUGACCCGUGCAGCAGGUCAUCCAGGUUCCAGUGA